AAGCAUGGCACGCGUUAAGUAUAUAUGCAAGAUGGGUAAGCCGUCAAGCAACAUGGAAAAAAAAAGUGUCAUGGAAACGCUAGGAUUUCCCUUUUAGCUCAUCUGAACACCUUCACAUUUUCUCUGAAAGGAGAAAGAGCGUUAGUCUUCCAGGUAGGCUGAUUUCCCAAAAUUUAUUCUGGAUACCAAAUUACUAAGUUGGAUUAUCAUGAAAAACUUUGUCUGGCCACUUAAGAUUGGUUUUGAGGUGGAAGCUGAUCAUUCUCUCACUCGACGGAAGAAAACCCACGCCCCACGUUUUCCAUGAUAUAUUUUAGAGCAGUAAUUGGAGCCACCACAGGAUUCUUAGCUAUUUUUUCAAGAACCUAAAGGAUAAAUAUCAAAAAAGUCUUUCUGAUAAAUGGAUAAAGUGAGUAGCUGGCAAGAAGGUUUAUAAAAGGUUUACGGGGUUUACCAAGCGCCCUCCGGCGAGUAUUCAAUACUAAAACCCUGGUCACAUUUGCAUUACAAUAGGCUCCCCUAUUCGUUUACCACAAAAGGAACCAAACAUCCCCACAGUUAUACAAUAAACCGUAACAAAUGCGUCAGUGUUAUGCGACUUUCUUUUCAAUUGUGUUUGCUGUGCGCCGUGAGUGUAUUUCGGGCGCACACCUCACCGAUCUCUGAACGGGUCAUGCCCGCAACACUUCGCGGUGACGUGUACGUGCAUUCGUAUUCAUUUUAUAUUAGCGCACAUAUAGCUUUAGAAAGCACGGGAAUUACUUCUCGAAAUCAUGGCGUCAGUUGCAGCGGCUCGAGAUAUUUCUUUCAUUUUCAUCUUCGUCUUGUCAAUAAUCGUGACGAUUUCUGGAUUACCAGUUGGAGACGUUGAUGUUGGGAACACAGAUGGACAAAUAGAACAACCUGAUGGGCAGCAAACGUUUCCAGCCGAUGUACCUCCACCACCGGGAGCCUUCAAUGAUCCUGGGUCGGAACCCCGUAUAUUACCACCAAACAAUCUUCCAGAGACUCCACCAGAAUAUGUAGGCGCUCCAUUAAACGCCGUCCAGAAUGUGAAAUCUCCAGAAGAAGCAGCGGCAGCUGCUGGCACAGGAUUAGCCAUGAUGGCUGGCCCUGUGGUUCCAGGAGGAAACACGGGUGCGCUGUCUCCAAAUAAUGUACCACCACCCGCUGGUGAAGUGAACGUUGAGGCACCUGCUCAAGGACAAGAGGUACCUACUCGCAAUGGUGCGUUUUUCAAUAACAUGGCACCGCCACCCGCUGAUGCAGCGAACGGAGCGGUACCCGCUCAAGGACAAAUGGAACCAGCAGAUAAUGGUGGUAUGUUCCCCGCUAACAUGCCUCCACCACCACCUGGUGCGAUGAAUGAUGAGGUACCAGGCCAAGGACAAACAGUACCUGAUAUGUUCCCCAACAACAUGCCUCCACCACCUCCUGGUGCAAUGAACGAAGAGGUACCCGCCCAAGAGAACAAUAUUGAUGCACCAUCUGACAAGGGUAUCGCUUCACCACCAUACCAAGGGAUGUUCCCCCCAAACAUGCCUCCACCCCCACCAGGUGCAUUUAACGAACCUCCACCAAAUCCCAUUAACGAAAAGAAAGCCAGUCCAGUCGCCUCGUCCAGUGGUAGUGCUGUCGAACCUGUUUAUAUCAAAGGAAUGGCUGUUCCAGAAACAGCGGCCCUGCCCCCAAGCGAUCCAAACCGUUAUGUUGAUCCCAAUAAUAUCCAAGCGUCAUCGAUUCUUUCAAAUCAGCAAGGUUCAACGACUGGAAAUGACCAGAGCAAUGUUCAACAAUAUAAUCCCGAUACUCCUGUUUCAAGUGACCAAAGUCAGGCACCCAGUAAUCCCCAAGUAUUUAACCCUGAUUCACAGGACAACCAUGGUGAAGGGGCAGCCCCAUAUAACCCAGAUGAACCCGAUGCUUUCAAUAUUCCGAGCCAAAAUGGAAACGAAGGAUCCGUAGAGUCCACCCAAAAUCAAAACGAAGCACAGGUUCCUUAUAACCCAGAUCAACCUGAAGCACCCCAAAACAUUGUUGCUCCAUAUGAUCAAACUGUCCCCGAUGCUAACCCUAACCAACCAGCAGAACCUGAUUCGGAGAACAACGUUCCUACUGGCCCUGAUUCAUACAAAAUCCAAAGUGAUACUGAUGAGAAUGAAUCUGCAGAGUCUCCCUACGAACCAUCUGAUGAAUCGCCGUACGAGAAUGAAGAGCAAGUUGGUGAAUCACAGGGGGAGUCUUCUUCGCUCGACCCUGUCAAGAACUUCCUCGAAUCAAGUUACUAUGAGUCUUCAGAUUCCCUUGCAGGAGGUGACGGGUCACCUGAUAGCUUCUGGCAGGAUUCCGAUUCAGAAGGGUUUUCCGAUACCAGUUACGGAGUAGACAGUUCGGAAAACUCAAAUCUAGAAUGGCUCUACGAUGCUAGUUCGUACCAGGAGUCCGACUCGAGUGAAGAAAAGGAGGAGGAAGACUUCUUCGGAUUGGACCGAACAGGAGAAAAAAAUGAGGAUCAGGAAGACAGGGAUCAAUUCACCGUUCCUCAAGAAUUCGACGAUGAUCUAUACAGAAGUGGUGGAGCAAAGCUAAUCCUAUACUGCAUUCCAGCCCUCAUCUUGUGUGUUUUAAUCCUUCUUGCCUGGAAGAAUUACCGAGGGAAGAUAAGGGUUGUUGGUGUCCCUACAGUAGACUCAAAACAAUACGACUGGAGGACCGGCCCCCAAUCAGAAGAACGUGCUCCAAUGCUGACUGAACAGGACUUAGAUGAAAGAGGAUACUAAGUGUGCCUUGGGUGGGGGAGUGAGGGGAUCAAUACAAGAGAGUGGCGCCAAAUCCUAUUGUGUUGGUGUCUAUACACCAUAAAUAGACUUUCACAGUAUUCAAACCUAAGCAAUAAAUCAGUGACAGUGUAUUGGGUAAAAUGUUGUGUACAUGUAUCAAAAAACAUGUAUGUUAUAUUUACACAUGUCACGCAACAUCUGGAUAAAAUGUGUCCUCGUCAUUCAUGUGAUAAAUGUAAAUCACAGAUGUACAAAAUUAGAUAAUUUAUACUAAUUCGUGUAUCUUAAUGUUUUAAAGUGCCUUACAAUGUAAUCAAUCAAUGGUCAAUGUGCUUUCCAUUCCAGUAUGAUAUCUUUAAAUUAUUUAUGUCUUUUAACAAAGUUGAAUGGAAUGAACAUUGGCGAAUGCGCAGCAUGCCUGUCUUGUUCUUGUUAUUGCUGUUCUACCACUGUCAUCUCAUCAACAUUGAUGUAAUCUAAUUUGAUUUAAUUUUUCAUAUACACAUUAUUUUCUUCCAUUUAAAAUAUUUCUUCAUUUUUGUAAACAUAAAUUCAUACAAAAUCAAUAUUUCAUAAAGAAUAUUAAUAUACAUAAGGGGAAAACAUUGAGAAAGUGAAAGAAAGUGUAAGUAUAGAGUAUAAGAACGGGAGGCCUCGGUCUUUAACUAUAUAUAUUAAUCCCCUCUAAAUGAAUGAGAAAAAUACGUCUUAAUAUCAGAAAUAUGCUGGCGCCUCCUCUUCUAAAGUAAGCUUUCUUAAUGAAGUUUUGGGAGAGUUUAUUAAUAUUACCAAAGUAUUAUCUCACCUAGAUGUAGAAAAUACAUUGAAGCAUCGGGGUACAUUCACUUGGCAUUUAUUAACGUUAUAAUGCCUAUAAAUUAUAUUUAUUCCUCGGUUAAAAGCAAAUGUUCCUUUAUAUGUCUUGUUAUUUGCGUGUGGGUGCGUCGUGGUAUAGUGGUUCUGACUCUCGCCUUUGAAACAGAGGGUCGUGUGUUCGAAUCGUAGCCAUGGCGUAUUUUCCUUCAGCAAGAAAUUUAUCCACACUGUGCUGCACUUGACCCAGGUGAGGUGAAUGGGUACCCGGCAGGAGUAAUUCCUUGCAUGCACUGAGCGCCGGUGAUGGUAGCUCGAGCUAAAGCCGGGGUAAUAAUAGCAGCGCUUUGUAUCCUCUGGCAAAAAGCGCUUUAUAAAUCCAACUAUUAUUGUUAUCAUUAUUAUUUGUGUUCAUUCAUUGUUCUUUUUUGGUUUUCAUGAUGGGUACGUAGCCCUGUUUUUACUAUGUAGAUAAAACAUUCAAUACUAGACCACCUUGACUGAGCAAUUUAUUUAUGAUAUUAUUACCACGAUGACUGACAGUUAUGCUCCCACUGAUAUUGUGAUACACUCAGAAUGAAGGUGUACUUAACCGGGCGUCAAAUGCUUGCAUAAUGUGAUUUUUACCGAGUCAUUUUUGUCGCUUGCUGCUGCAAAACAGCUGUUGUAUUUUUUUUCUUAUUAGACUUUGCAACUCUUUUCGGAAGAACACACCGACCUUGGCAAAAAGAAAACUGCCGAGACCACGCAGACCUAUAUUUGGUAUCGCCAGUUACUAUUUGACGUUGAUCGCGAAAACAAUUAGACUUCAAAGAAGGAUGACGAUCUGUCGAGUUAUGUUAUAAUUAUCAGUUAAUCGUGUCUUGCUUUGUAGGACUCUCAUUUUGGGAGAACCGAUAAAAGAUUCCUCACAGAUUUCCAUUUUUGUUUUAUAAUUGUGGAAUGGACUGUCUGGAUGCUCCCUUCGCCACCGUCAUACCGUUGAAACCUGGAGACCGAUCAAAUAUAUAUUAUGUUAUUUCCAAUGACACACCCAUCGAUUGGUUUAAUGGGUGUGACUGUACCCACUACUAAGGCUCAUUUUGAUUUAAUGGCGUCUUCCUACAUGCCUUUUCUGUCUUUUCUCGUAGUUUUAGAAGACGUCAAAUCCUUGCGUAUUCGCUUAACAUCUGACAAGUUUUAACGGUUUAUUUUACUUAUUUUUUUUCUCCACUUUAAUUGACUAAUAAUGUGUAUGAAACUUAUGUGAACAAAACGUGCUUUAAGGAAAAAAAAGUUUGAAAGGUUUAUUUUACUUAUUUUUUCCUCCACUUUUAUGGAAUUAACAAUGCAUAUGAAACUUUUUGUGAUCCAAACGUGCUUUUAGGACUAAGUAAGUGCAUUUUCUUAUAGUAAUACAAAUAUGGAUAAAGCAAUAAUUGUAUAUAUGUGGCGAAGUAUAUAGACAUAUAAAUUCCAUUUUCUUUAUCAUUAACGCUUAGAAAAAGCAAAAGCGAAGAAUCUCUAAAGAUAUAUUUUGAAUUGUUUUACUUUCUGUUUGAUACAGCACAUACAAUGUACACAUAUUUUUGUAUAUAUGUAUAUGCCUUUGGCAUUUUUAUUGUGACUUUUAUUUGAUAUAUGAAGGAACCAAUAAAACGCUAUCUUUAUGGUAGUUUUCUAUUCA